AUGGGCUCGCUGGGUCCAAGUAGAAAGAAGAUUAGAAUCGCGAUAGAUCGCGGCGGCACCUUCACCGAUGUGCACGCCUACAUACCCGGCUCAAAUGAGCCGGAAAUGGUCUUCAAGCUUCUUUCGGUAGACCCAAGAAACUACAAAGAUGCACCCACCGAAGGCAUAAGACGCGUCCUGGCACAUUACAGGGGCGCACCAGUAUCCCGCGACGAGCCCCUUGACAUCUCAGACGUCGAAUCAGUUCUCAUGGGAACGACCGUGGCCACCAACGCCCUCUUAGAACGACAGGGUGAGCGCGUCGCGUUCCUCACAACCAAGGGAUUUCGGGAUCUGUUUGUUAUUGGCAACCAGGCUCGACCGCACAUCUUUGAUUUGAGUAUUCACAAGUUGCAGAAUCUGUAUGAGAGGGUUGUCGAGGUUGAUGAGCGGGUGACGAUGGAGGAGUUCUUGGAGAAUCCGGAGAAGCAGCCCAUUGAUAUCGAAAGCGAUCCAGAGCUCGUGAAGGGGUUGACUGGCGAGCCGGUUCGAGUUCUCAAGAAGCCUGAUCUGGAAGUGGUGGCAAGCCAGUUGAGCGACCUCAAAGCUAAGGGGUUCAAGAGUCUUGCGAUUUGCUUCAUCCACUCGUAUCUCUACCCCAAUCACGAGAACGAGGUAGCGGAACUAGCGCGAUCCAUGGGCUUCAACGUUUCUGUUUCCUCUAAAUUGCAGCCAACGAUCAAGAUGGUAUCCCGAGGAAACUCAGCAAACGCCGACGCUGACGGCGGCCUUUGUCUCUGGCAGAACUUCUCCGGGUUGCGCGCCAUCCUCUCCGGGCCAGCAGGCGGCGUAAUCGGCUUCGGCAAGUCCUGCUAUGAUCCGGAGACCAAGAUACCGGUGAUUGGCUUCGAUAUGGGCGGCACCUCGACGGACAUCAGUCGCUUUUCGGGCACGUAUGAUCAUGUCUUUGAGACGGAGACGGCCGAAGUCACGUUGCAGACGCCACAGUUGGAUAUCAAUACUGUCGCUGCUGCUGGCGGCUCGAUUCUGCAUUGGAAGAAUGGCUUGUUUGCGAUUGGACCAGACUCUGCCGGCGCCCACCCAGGACCUGUUUGCUACCGCAAGGGCGGACCUCUGACAGUCACUGACGCGAACCUCUUCCUGGGUCGUCUACGUCCCGAAUACUUCCCUUCUAUCUUCGGACCAAAGGAGGACGAAUCCCUCGACUAUGACGCAGCAGCCGCAGCUCUCCAUAGUCUCACGAAGAAGAUCAACUCCGAAGAGGGAAAGUCAUUCACGCCGGAAGAGGUCGCCAGCGGCUUCCUCCGCGUCGCCAACGAAAGCAUGAGCAGACCUAUACGCUCGCUCACAGAAGGCAGAGGCAUCCGAACGUCAAAUCACGUCUUGGCCACGUUUGGAGGCGCCGGUGGGCAACAUGCUUGUGACGUUGCCGAAGCGCUGGGCGUAGAGCGCGUCGUCAUACACCGAUUAUCAUCCAUCUUGUCUGCGUACGGCAUAGCGCUGGCCGAUUUGACGCAUGAGAUUCAGCGUCCCAAGGCGGCUGAGCUUUCGGACCUCUCCGAUACACAGCUAGGAGAAGUAUUCAAGGUUUUGACGGACGAAGCUACGGCGACUUUGGUCGCCCAGGGGUUCUCUGAUGAACAGAUUGAGCACGAGCUAUUCCUCAACCUGCGGUACAAGGAGGACAUUCGCGUCCGCGCGCUGGGCAAGACGCCCGACUCCAACGUGACCAGCGUAUCGCAGGCUCUCAAGUCUGUCGAGACUAGGCUGGUACAGAGCGGUAAGAGGGCCAGCACGACGAAGCUGUACACGAGCGGCAAAUGGCAUGAAGUCGACCUUUUCAAGCUCGAGGAUCUUUCACCAGGCGAGCGGGUCGUUGGUCCAGCCAUCAUCCUGGACCAGACCCAGACCAUCAUGAUCCAGCCGUCUUGGACUGCGACUGUGCUUCCCCGUCACCUACUUAUUGACAAGAAUACGAUUUCGCAAGGCUCCGUCGACGAAGCCGUCGAGCUCACAGCAGAGACGGAUGAGGUCGACCCGAUUCAACUAUCAGUAUUUGGUCACCGAUUUAUGAGCAUAGCGGAGCAGAUGGGCAGAUCGCUGCAAAUGACCUCGGUCUCCGUCAAUAUCAAGGAGAGGCUAGACUAUUCGUGCGCCAUUUCCUCGCCGACAGUUGGUCUGGUUGCCAACGCGCCGCAUAUCCCGUGUCAUCUGGGAGCAAUGAGCUACGCCGUGGCCUACCAAGCCGAGCGCUGGGGCAACUCUCUUCGCCCUGGAGAUGUGCUGGUUUCCAAUCACCCGGCCGCCGGCGGAUCCCAUCUUCCCGACGUGACGGUGAUCUCGCCAGUGAUCGAUGAAGACACCAACGAGGUCCUCUUCUGGACUGCUUCUCGUGCACACCAUGCCGACAUUGGAGGCAUCUCUGCCGGUUCUAUGCCACCGCACUCUAAGGAGAUCUGGCAAGAGGGGGCGUCCUUCUUGUCCUUCAAGCUGGUUGAUGGAGGCAGGUUUGACGAGGAAGGCCUCGCUGAAAUUAUGCUGAAGAAGCCGGCGUCUUAUCCUGGUUCCUCCGGCACGAGAACGUGGAAUGACAACGUGAGCGAUCUGAAGGCCCAGAUUGCUGCCAAUCAGAAGGGUAUACGACUCAUUCAGGACUCGAUCAAGGAGUACGGUCUACCGACUGUCCAGAAAUACAUGCUCGGAAUCCAGAACAACGCUGAGAAGGUAGUCCGAAACCUCCUCCGCCAAGUUCAUGACCAGUUUGGUGGCCUGCCGCUCGAGGCCGAGGACCAAAUGGACGACGGCUCGAAGCUCAAGCUUAAGAUCCGAAUCAAUCGCGAAGGGGGCUCUGCCGUCUUCGAUUUCACAGGGACUAGUCGGGAGAUGUACGGCAACCUCAACGCACCGCGGGCCAUCACCUUCAGCGCCAUCAUCUUUGUCUUGCAUUCGUUGGUCAAGGAGGAUAUUUCGUUGAACCAGGGCUGCCUAGCUCCCAUCAACGUAAUCAUACUCUCUGAGACGAUUAUUUCCCCUUCGCUGGGUGCUGCCACAGUUAGCGGCAAUGUAGAAACGUCGCAGAGAGUAACGGAUGUGGUGUUGAGGGCGUUCCAGGCCGCCGCGGCUAGUCAGGGAACGUGCAAUAACGUGACGUUCGGAUAUGGAGGUGAGAUGGUCGACGGGAAGGCAAAGCCUGGGUUCGGAUACUACGAGACCAUCGCAGGCGGCGCCGGUGCAGGACCAAGCUGGGAAGGCCAGUCAGGCGUACACGUCCAUAUGACCAAUACCAGAAUCACGGAUCCGGAGUCCCUAGAGCGUCGAUACCCGUGCAUACUCCGUGAGUUCGGGAUCCGGCGGGGAUCCGGCGGCCGAGGCAAGUAUAAUGGAGGAGACGGCUGCGUCCGAGAGAUCGAGUUCCGUCGAGACUUGCACGUCAGUGUGCUGAGUGAGAGGCGGACGGUACCUCCUUAUGGUCUAGCUGGAGGCGAGCCUGGAGCUCUCGGCGAGAAUGUGUGGGUUCGGCAUGACGAGUACGGGACACGGGAGAUCAACCUCGGCGGGAAGAACAGUUGCGAGAUGAAGAAGGGAGAUCGGAUCAUCAUUAGGAGUCCAGGCGGAGGUGCAUACGGUGCCUUGUAA